AUGGGGAGGUCACGUUCUACGAGCAAGGCAAGCUUUUUUGCCGCUCUUGAGCAUCUUGACAACCCAGAUGACUCUCAGAAUGAAGAGGAUGCUGAGUUCGAGCAAAUCCUCACAGUUUCCCGGCCGUCAACACACAUUUCAAAUCAGACUGUCUUUCCUGGACCGUCUCGCCCUGAGCCUGGGACACCUUUGCCGCGAGCAAAUACCGAUCCUCAGACAUUAUCGUCAAACAAAGCACCUGGAGAACAGAGAAACUCUCAUCUGAAUCGCCAAAGAAGGUUAUCGAAUGAACCGCAAGUGUUACCCAUAAAGCGCUCCCAUACGACCGGAACUAUGCCUGGAACUGCAGGCAGGUGCCCAGCUGCGAAGAAGAGAAAGAUUGACGCAAUUAAUGCUAUCCCUGAAGCACAGCAAGUCUUCAAAGACCUUAUGUUCUUCUUCGUGCCCAACGACGAUAUUGCGCCUGCGCGACGUCUUCGUAUCCAGCGUGCCCGGGAAUACGGUGCUCAGUGGACUCGACAAUGGGGAAGUCAUAUAACCCAUGUGAUUGUCGAGAAAGGGUUGCAGUAUCAGCACCUCAUAGACUACCUCAAACUUCGGUCUUUCCCUGAUGACAUUGCGUUAGUUAACGAGUCCUACCCAUCGGAAUGCAUCAGAUUUCGCUCGCUUCUGAGCCCAUUGCAGGCGCGCUUUCGAGUUAACGGAACCCCGGUACCCACCAUCAUCGAACCUACGCCCGUUGUUGAGCAAAAGACGACGGAUCCACUACCCUUGAAACCAUCUAGACAGGAUCACCAGAAGUCGCCAGAGACAUCUCAGGGUCAAAACGAAGAGAGCGCCCCAGUCGAAAUUGCGAUCUCGGAAGCAGUCACCUCUGAAGCGGUCCAGAAUACAGAUGUCGGGGCUGAUACCGGGAUCGUCGAACCCCGCGAGCGGGAUGCGCUGGACGAUGUCAUUGAUGAGAGCAAGGCGGCUCGUCAUUUGGUUAGUGUUAUCGCUUGCCUUAGUAGCAAGCUCGAAGAGGGUACUGACAUCUAUACCAGCCACUCGAUUCGCCAGACGAAGACUCUUCGGCCGAGCCUGAUGAUGGGUCCGACUCGCCGGAGCCCAGCCCGGCAAAAAAAGAAAGCACGCUUGGUUUUAUCAGAGAAACCUAAGGCAGCUGAAUCCUGGACACGAAGCUUUGCUUGCAUGCAGAAGAUCGAGGCACGCCGCGAUAACCCGAACGCGAGGACGAUCGAAGUUUUGCAAGAAAUGCUCGAAUAUUAUACAAAAACAGCUGACCACUGGCGAGACUUCGCUUAUCGUAGGGCGAUCAAUGCCUUGCGCAACCAGGCCAAGAAGAUCAUGACACGAGGUGAAGCCUUGGCUAUAUCCGGCAUCGGAUCAAGACUGGCGGACAAGAUUGAGGAAAUUGUCGUUACAAAUCACCUUCGUCGACUGGAUUAUACCAACUCCUCCCCGGAGGAUCGCGUCAUCCAGCUGUUCCUGGGUGUCUAUGGAGCUGGCCUUGCCCAAGCAACUCAGUGGGUUGCACAAGGUUAUCGGUCUCUCGACGAUCUUCGCGACAAAGCCACGCUCAAGCCAAACCAACGCAUCGGAGUGGAGCGCUACCACGACUUCGCGCAGCGCAUUCCACGCAAGGAGGUGGAAGCUCACGGGGCGAUCGUUCGGCGGGUCGUUCAGGCGGCCGACAAGGAUAUGCAAGCGAUCAUUGUAGGCUCUUACCGCCGCGGGGCUAAGGAUUCGGGCGACAUCGACGUCCUCAUCACUAAACCGGGGGCUCCGUUGGAGCCGAUCCGAUCACUGGUGAUGAAUGUAGUAGUGCCCCAGUUGUUCGAAGAAGGUUUUUUGAAGGCCGGACUGGCUACACCUCGCCAUAACAAGGAUGGUUCCAAAUGGCAUGGUGCGUCCAGCCUGCCCGGGAUUGAUCUGUGGCGACGUAUCGACCUGCUGUUUGUGCCGGGGCCUGAGAUUGGCGCGGCGUUGCUAUAUUUUACGGGGAAUGAUAUCUUUAACCGGAGCAUGCGCCUCCUGGCUCGAAAGAAGAAGAUGUGUUUGAACCAGCGAGGGCUGUUCACCGAUGUCCUUCGGAAUGGCCAGGUGAAGACCAACCCGGGCCGCUUACUGGAAGCUGGUGAUGAGCGCCGGAUCUUUGAGUUGCUGGGGGUGCCGUGGCGGCGAUCGGAGGAGCGAACUUGCUAA